CUGGUCAGAACAUUGACUCUGUGAGGGGAGAGGUCUCUCAAGUGUCUUAUUAUUGAUAGUAAUUUGUUUAUAUUGAUUAUAUUUGUUAAUUUGAUUCUUUGUCAUCAUCAACUUACACAGGUCUCUCAAGUGUCUUAUUAUUGAUAGUAAUUUGUUUAUAUUGAUUGUAUUUGUUAAUUUGAUUCUUUGUCAUCAUCAACUGACACACUGAGAGCAGAGUUUGGGGGAGAAAGGUAUCUGAUUUGAGUGAUUCUUUAAAGAGUUGAACCAUGAAGCAUAAGAAAAAACAGAAACAUCUGGAAGGACCAUGCAACACCCAAGAGGACACGCCUCAGCGUCAGUCACCUGUGGAGGCCGCAGCCUGUCGUCAGGCAGCAGGAGAAAGGCCUGACUUCCCUAAAGGUUUCAUCGGUGUCUUCUCCCCAUUGAAGCGUCCCCGUCUUGAGAAGGAUGGACCAUACAACACCAAAGACGAUGCACCUCAACCAAAGUCACCUGAGGAGAUCCCAUCCUGUGGUCAAGGAGCAAGAGAAAAGUCUGCCUUCUCUGAACCUUUCGUCUGUGUUUUCUCACCAUCUAAGCGUCCCCGUCUUCAUGAGGAUGGACGCUGCGUCAGCCAAGACAACGUGCCCCAGCCUGAGUCGCCCGUGGAGGCCGCAGCCUGUAGUCAGGCAGCAGGAGAAAAGCCUGCCUUCUCAGGACAUCCUACCGCUGUCUCCACCCCAUCCAAGCGUGCCCGUCCUGAUGAGGAAGAAAUGAAGGAGCUGCCUGUAUCCCAGCACUCGGAGCCAACGGAGGACUCCUCUGACUAUUUACAGACCUACAUUCCGUCCCAUUCACUUAAUAAGAACGAGCCCUUUCAGUCCCCAGUACAUGGGACAGAUGUGAGGCCCAUGAAAAUGUACUAUAUGCGUGUACAAUUGGAAAGGGGUGUGGCCGUCUUAUUCCAUACAAAGGAAGGGAUGGUGCCGCCCUCAAAAAAGAUCAAAAUGGAAGAAAUGACCUAUCUUGGAAAGGUCCAUAAAGAUGUCCCUUUCUCUCACAUGUCUGAGAAGGAACACCUAAUUGCCCGUGAGCCGAUGUUAGACAGCAGAGCCCAGGAGAAAAGGGGGGAGGCUGACCGUCCAGCACAGCCUCCAGCUCUAAGCGGGUAUCCCAGGGCUAAGACGCCCGAGUGGCUGGUGGCCCUGGACAGUGGGUUCAGGUGCAUGGCCUGCUGCCGGGUGUUCCCCAGCCUAGAAGUCCUCCAGGAGCAUGUGGAGUGCGGGGUCAGGGAGGGCUUCAGCUGCCAUGUUUUCCAUAGGGCCAUGGCUCAUCUCAAGUACAAAGAGCGUAUGAGGAAGAAGAAGGAGAGAAAAAGGAAGGCAACAUUUAGAUUCUAGAAGGAAAAACAUUUGGC